CUGUUUUCUCUCACUUUUUUUUUCAGUUACAAUAAACUCUCCAGAGAAAUCAGAUCCAUUGCAGACAAACUCAAAGAACUUGAUGAAAACGAUCCUUGGCGGUGUGUUAUUCCAACUAAGAAAUCCUUACUUCUGGCUUCUAAAGUCAGUGCUUCCUCAUUCUGCCGACGGCGACUACCUUCGCUUCUUGUUCGGUCGCACAUGGCAGAAGAAUUGAAAGUUGCUGUAACAUUUAUCGAACAAGGUCACGUCCGUGUCGGCCCAGACAUUAUCCGUGAUCCUGCCUUCCUUGUAACCAGGUACUAA